AUGUUCAUGUCGGUGCUGAAGCGUCGCUGCGUGGUGAGCCAGGAGAGGCUGGGAGUGGUGGACGUGCAGCUGUACCGGCGCAUGGCGAACAACCGCAGCCUCUGGAUGCGCACGGGCGUCGACGAGGACGAUGAUCGCGACCGGCUGGGCUUCGCAUGCGGGAACCUGCUGGCUGCUUACACGUGCGAACCGGGUUUCUCGUGUGUGACGGUGGACGUGGUGGAAGAGCGACGAGUGUUUCCCUCGUACGACAACGUGGUGGACGCCGUGCUCACCACCUUCAACAUAUUCAGCCUGGACAACUGGAACAUCCCGUACAACAUGCUACUGCAGGCGGUCGGUCCCGCCUGCUUCCCGCUCUUCCUGUGCACCGUGAUGUUCGGCUCGGCGUACCUCAUCAACCUCAUGCUUGCCGUCACCGUGCACACCUACGUCGGAGAGAACAACCUCAAGCGAGCUCGCAGGCAGCAGAUGGAGCAAGGGUCUUUAAUGGACCUGACGCUAUUCCAAGAGAUUUGCGAUUUCGAGGUGAACGUGGACCACCUGUACGUCCAGCCGCUGGUCAGUCUCGCGCAGAUACCCUCCGCCCACAAGGUGCGGCAGCUGCGUUUCCAGCAGCGGCUUCGCCGCGGCGAAGGAGAGGCCCUGACCCGCGAGCUGGGCUUCGGCGCCUUCGCCGACAUGGUGACGGACGCUGCGAACGCGCCCCGGCCGCUAAUGCGAGCCUCCACGCGCGCACCGGCACGACCGACCGCCGCCGCUCGACGGGCGCAGUACGACGACGCGUACGAGCAGCCGAUCGCUGCUGCAGCGGCACCGAUGGUGGUACGCAUCUCGAACACGCGAGAUCUGAAAAGUUAG